UUGAAGCUGACUUCCUUUCUGGAAGUGAUUUUCAUCUCCAACCAUGUUGAGGCUCUUUUCUCAUUCUUUCAUUCUGACUAACUUGCUUUUUUCCUGUCUGACUUUCUACUGCAGUUGGGAACUUCUGGAGUAGGAGCGACAGAUCUUGCUGCUCCCCCCACCUUUUCCUGCGACUUAAUCAUUUGCAGAUCUUGCCAUGGGGUGCGGACUGAGAAAGCUGGAAGACCCAGAUGAUAGCAGCCCUGGAAAAAUCUUUUCUACACUGAAGAGACCACAAGUUGAAACAAAGACGGAUUCUGCUUAUGAAUAUGUAUUGCUGGAUUUUACCUUAGAAGCUUCUUCAAAUCCAGAAGUGAUCAGGAUCAGUUCUGUGUUGGAUAUAGCAGCUCGGGUGGAAGAGUAUUACAGCAAAGGCUAUGUUGUGGGAGCUGUGCAUCCCAUUCUGCUGCCAGUGGGACGGAGGAGGAGCUUCCCUGCAAGUCACAUGUAUCGAGUGGUGCUCUCCCGGGUAAAGCUGAGCCAGAAGCACGCAGCACCCAGAGCACAAAGGCACCCCAGGCUGGUGAUUGAGGAAUGUCCUUUAACAUAUGAAACACUGACAAAUGAAGUAGUGAAAGAACUGCUAGAAAAGGUUAAUGAAGCUGCUAAAAGAGGAAAGAAGUUUGUGGGAUUUGUAACACAACAUUUUCCUCAUCCUAAAGCCUGUAAUGGAACAAGUGCAGAUGGAGGUGCAGAGCUGGAAUCAACACUGGGCAGAAGAAAUAGGGAACACAGAAGAGAAAACUUUGAGGAAAACUAUAAAAACUGGAAUGAAGGGACAUUGAGUGGUCACUCGUCUGAGAGUGGGAUAGAGGAAGAAAUGCAUGGAGAAAGCAGACUGUUAGAGGAUUCAGAUUUCCAGUUUGGAAAAGAAGUCAGCCCUUCUAAACCACGGAAAGGAGAUGACAAGCUCUAUACAGUCUUCAAUGUUUUUGAUGAUGAUUCUACCUGCUGGACCUACCAUGAAGGUGUUUUGUCUAUGAAAGUAACAAGAAAGGGGCCAGUUGUUAGUACACUGGAAGCAGACUGGCUAGAAUUAACUACAUUUUAUUAUAAACAAGGAUUGGCCUUAGUUGAUUCUUUUGUACACUGGGAAACUUCUAAAGGGGAUUAUUUGCCCAAAUCUUUAGAGGGAUUAUUUAUCUAUGAAGAAGAAGGUGCUGGAGUUCCAGGUUCUACCAGGAAAGGAAAUGAUGCAAUAGUUGUUGAACAAUGGACAGUCAUUGAGGGGUGUGAAAUUAAAACAGAUUAUGGACCUUUACUGCACACUCUGGCUGAGUUUGGAUGGCUGCUGACCUGUGUCCUGCCUACACCAAUUGUACGACAUGACAGUGAAGGAAAUCUGGCCACAAAGCAAGUAAUUUUCCUUCAGAGACCUGUUAUGUGGAGUUCUGCUGUCCAGACACCAGAGAGGAAAUCUUUAAGACAGAUAACUGGGGAAGAAAAAGGCAGGGUGUCCAGCAGAAGUGUUGGAUCAGACACGGCUACUUUCUGCCCUGUAGAAACUGGACAACCACCUGAUGAGUUUCACCUGUCUCCUUCUAAACAAUGUUGGAUCAAGGAGGGAUCUUCCCAUUAUGGAGGCUUCCCAGGAUUCAGUAGCAGUGAUGGAGUAUUAAGGGAACUGGAUGAUGGACAGUUUGACCAGGAGGAUGGAGUCACUCAGGUCACAUGUAUGUGAUAAGUAAGUAACUGCAUCAAAUGGACAUGUACAUAAAUCACACAAAUGGGUUUUUUAAAAAAAACUACACUACUUUAAAUACAUUGGUAUAAUCCUGUGACUGUUCCCAAACUCUUUUUUGUAUUUUUGUCAUUUUCCAUGUUGAGUUAAUCCUACUGUAGUAAUAAUACUACUGCAAAAUAAUUUGUUUUUCUGUCUGUCUUUAAUAGUAUAACUACAUGACUUGGGUGAUCUGCUAACUUGUUAAUGCUUUUGACAAGCAAGGAAGCAAAAGCUGCAGAACAGUGACAGUUUGAAUUGUGUGAGAGAGAAAGGAAUGAGGAUGUUUGGAAUUUUCCACAAGCUGGAAUGCUUUUGGGUUUGUUUGGUUGUUUUAUUGUUGGGGGUUUUUAAGGAUGUUGUAAAUAUUGGUGGGGAAAAAUGAACUGUCUGACUGUUGUUUAGUUUUUUUAAUAUAAUUUUCACUUUUUUUGCCUUGCCUAAGUUCAAAAGCCUAGAGAAAUGUCAAGUCUUACAGUAGAGUGUUAAUAAUUUAAGCUGCAUUCAGACUUGGUAUGGACAGGAAAACUCAGGAGGCUGUAGGUAGGUAACUUGUUCCUGAAAUAUAACUUCACCUAUGCGGUUUUCACAGUUCCUUGUACUUGUAAGCCAGGAGUUUAUAACUUGUAUUAUAAUGAUGUGUUCAUAAUGUACUUCUGAGUGGAAAUUAAGAACUGCUCAUCCCCUGAAAGAUUAACUUGCGGUCUGCAAACAUGUAGUUUGAGAAGCUCCCUAGGAAGCAUUGAGAGCAGUGUGAUGCUGCUAAUGCAUAGGAGGAAGAUGUAGGCUGAACUUCAUAGGCAGUAUUAGAUGGAUGUAUAUAUAAAAUGUCUCAGCUAAAUCUAUCUCACACUGGAUAAAGUGUAUUGAGCUGCAUCCAAUACCAGACUUGAUGUUCAGAGGAAAGGAUCAAGUUGCUGUGCUUCCAUCCUUGCUAUGGGGAGGGGCUGCUUGCAUUAAGGGAGAUUAGUGCUGGCAAGGUGCUGUGGGGAGGGGAACAAACAGCAACUGCUUUUAUGCUGCUGUCUGGAAGGUGUAUUUUACAGAGGAGAAGCUGAAUAAAAAUGCAUCUCCAGAAGGUAAAUGUGAUUAUAACUACCAUGUGCAUUUUUAAUUUAGUUCUAGAAGCAAAAAAAAAAAAAAUUAUAAAUGCUCAUCAUCUUUAAGCUAGUGUAAAAUAAUUUGGUCAAAAUAAGUCAGAACUGAGCAAAUGUAUUCAUAACUCCACUCUGUGUUUGCAGUUUGCAGUACAGCACACACAUCACCCAGGGAUUUUGGUACCUGUCUUUGUGUGUUGUGCUGCAAACAUAGAUGUAAUGAAUCAUUUACCUACAACACCCCAUUCCCCAUGGAUGGCAUCCCACCAGCUGCUGUGCACUCUGCCUAAUCCACAGUGGUAGAUGCUGGCACUAAAUGCAGUGGGCAGAUUAAUGCGGUGACUGGAACACCAACAAUUAACUCCAAAUGAGCACCCCAGGAGAUGGCCAGGAUAGUGGAGGUUCAGCUGCAGUCUCAGAGCUGUUCAGCAAGAACAUCGCUGCUUAUUUCAGUAAGCAAAACUAAUUAAUGCAGAAAAAAAAAAUCAUUUUAUAGGGCAGGGGGUGUAGGGGGAAAACCCAUUCUACUGACAUCAUUAGUAUAGGGGGAGCUUAAAAUAAUAUUGCUUUAGAGCUGCUUCCUGAGCUACUUACAAAAUUCUUAGUGGCAGGCUUGCUUAUUUUUCUUUGAAAGAACAACUGUUACCUGUAGCAGGUUGGGAGGUUUUCUUGCCCAAACAUCUACAGCUCUGGAGAUUAAGCUUCAACUACUUUUUGCCAUUGCAUGCUGUGGGGAGUGAUGGGAGCACCUCCAACAGGAGGUACAGUAAGGAACCCCUCUGGCAAAGGCUCUUCUCCCAGCUUUCCCACCAGCACCUCCAGGUCAGGGAUGUGGGGCAUGAGCCUUAUGCUCAUUCCUGUCUGGGGCACUGAGGGAGGAGGAUCCCUCUGCUGGGCUGGGUGUCCCUGCAGAGCCUGCCCAAGUGCUGCUUUCUCUUGUGGCACUUCUCAGGGAGCACUGGUCAUGCUCACAGGCAGCAGGGAUCUCCUCCAUGGGACACAGAUGGGCAAGAAAUAUGAAAUACAAGUUACAGCUGUCUCUGGCAGAACACCAGGGAACUCUAGCAUGUUGAAAGUGGAGCAACAGCUGGUCUCAUAUAACCUGGAAUAUGUUGCUCUACUUCUAGAAGUAUUUUUAAUGAGUUAUCCAAAACUUGUGUGUAAUUUUAACCAUUGGUCAUUCUCCAUACAAGUUCAAUCUGUAAAAUGGGCAAAAAUUGGUCCAGAACUCCAGUUCUGAAUAGUUCAAAUUAGAGCUUUUAAAGUAUAUCAAAGAAAUAACCUUUUAUAAAGCAAGAUCCAUGAAUAAGAUAGUUGACAUUAGUGAACCCUAAAUCAAAACUGAGCUGUAAGUAUUUAAGUUACAAAGUAUAAAGUAGUACAUUUAAUACAUUUAAUACAGUUACUCUUUCUAGAAUGCAAUAAUUGGAUAAAAAUUACUUAAUUUUUAACUGAGAUCUUUCCAUAUCACCUGUUGAAAGGGCAGAAAAUUCAAAUAAAAUACCAUCUUUCUAAGAGAAAUAUUCUCCUUACAAUUAAUGGGAUGUGCACAGGAGAGACUUUUGGAACUAGGGUGGAAAUUGAGUAUGCCCUGGAUGUCCACAGGUACACUAGAACAUCACCACUUUCAGCAAGAAAGGUUUCUUUUAAAAUGAAAUAAAGCCAUAUUCUUUUUUAGUAAUAGCCCUCAGUUUUGACUAUGCUUUAGUCCUUGCUCAUGAAUCUCAUGGGUGUUAACAAUGCUGCAAUCCUCUAGAGCCUUUUCUGUCUUUUUAAUGCAGUAUAACUAUGCUAAAUUGUUUCCUCUGAACCCACAGAGCAAUUCCUGGAUUGUUAAGGACAGCUGGGCUUUUUUAAUGUCAUUUGUCUCAUAGUAUCAAAGUUGCCUGUGCUGUAGAAUUCCUCAUCUGCAUUGUUUGCCUUUGGCAGUCAGGGCAAGUUGUUUGCUCAGCCUGUGUGA